AUGCCGAUCCUCCGACUGAAUGCGGCUUCCGGCGCGAGACUGCGUUUGGCCACUGCCAGACUCAGCACUCGUCGCCCUGCCCUUAGAGCGUCCGUCGCAGCUUCACAACUCACCCUCCGUCCCAGACUCUACACAACAUCAACACCCUUACGAAAUGCCUCGUCCCCAGAUGUCUUCCCUUCGCUCCUCGAACAGCCCGGUAUCUCCGACUACCUCAAUGCUCCACAGCCCGUCGAAGUGCCUCAGACCUUGACCGAGAAGAUUGUUCAGCGUCACAGUCUCGGUCUCGCCGAGGACAAGUUUGUUCAAUCCGGCGACUAUGUCACCCUUUCACCCCAACAAUGCAUGACGCACGACAACUCAUGGCCCGUCGCGACAAAGUUCAUGUCCAUUGGCGCCACAAAAAUCCACGACCCCAAGCAGAUUGUCAUGACCCUCGAUCACGACGUACAGAACAAGACGGAAAAGAACCUACAGAAGUACCGUCAGAUCGAGGACUUUGCAAAGAACCAGGGUGUCGACUUCUACCCUGCUGGUCGUGGUAUUGGUCACCAGAUCAUGGUUGAAGAGGGCUAUGCCUGGCCUGGCACUCUCUGUGUUGCUUCCGACUCCCACACAAACAUGUACGGAGGCAUUGGCUGUCUCGGAACUCCUGUCGUCCGUACCGACGCUGCCUCCAUCUGGGCUACUGGUCGUACUUGGUGGCAGAUUCCCCCUGUCGCAAAGGUCACGCUGAAGGGUAUGCUCCCUGCUGGUGUCACUGGUAAGGAUGUGAUUGUCGCCCUGGCUGGUCUAUUCAACAACGAUGAGGUCCUCAACCACGCCAUCGAGUUCACCGGCUCUCCCGACACCAUGCACUCUCUCCCUAUUGACGACCGUCUUGCCAUUGCCAACAUGACUACCGAAUGGGGUGCUCUCUCUGGUCUCUUCCCCAUCGAUAACGUCCUUCAAGGCUGGCUGCGCUCGAAGGCCACUGAGGCUGCUCUUUACGAAGACGCCGCCCUGACCUCGUCUAAGACUGCUACUCGCUUCAACCACCAAAGACUCGAUGCCCUGUUUGAGAAGCCCCUGACUGCUGAUAAAAACGCAAAGUACGCAAAGGAACUCUUCCUCGAUCUUGAGUCUCUCUGCCCCUACGUCUCUGGCCCCAACAGUGUCAAGGUUGCCACCCCCCUAAACGAGCUCAACGCACAGGACAUCAAGGUCAACAAGGCCUACCUCGUCUCUUGCACGAACAGUCGUCGUUCGGAUAUUGCUGCUGCUGCCAAGGUCUUCAAGGAUGCCGCCGAGACUAACGACGGCGUCAUCCCCAAGAUUCCUUCUCACGUCAACUUCUACAUUGCCGCUGCCUCUCUUCCCGAGCAACGCGCUGCUGAGGAGCAGGGUGACUGGCAAGUUCUGCUCGACGCUGGUGCGCAAGCUCUUCCUUCUGGUUGCGGUCCUUGCAUCGGUCUCGGCACGGGUCUUCUUGAGCCUGGUGAGGUCGGCAUCAGUGCAUCCAACCGUAACUUCAAGGGUCGCAUGGGUAGCACUGAUGCAAAGGCUUACCUUGCCAGUCCCGAGGUAGUCGCUGCUUCUGCCCUCCAAGGUAAGAUUGCUGGACCUGGCACCUACCAAAAGCCCGAAGGCUGGAACGGUGUCAUCCGUGGCGAAGGUGAUGGUGUCCCAGAAGACCAGCGCAUGAUCAGCAUCGAAGACGCACUUGACAUGCUUGUCCGCCAAGCUGAAGAGGUCAUCCAGUCUAGUGAGAAGGAACUCGGUGCCGCAGAUGAGGCUGCUCCUUCCGGUGACGAGAAGCUCACCGACAUCCUCCCUGGUUUCCCUGAAAAGGUCACUGGCGAGAUUGUCUGGUGCAACGGCGACAACAUCAACACCGACGGUAUCUACCCUGGAAAGUAUACCUACGAUGAUGCGUUUUCGUCAUCUCCUGAGCGCAUGGCCACUGUCGUCAUGGAGAACUACGAUACUGAGUUCGCCAACAUCGCCAAGGAAGGAGACAUUCUUGUCGCAGGCUUCAACUUUGGCUGUGGUAGUUCCAGAGAGCAGGCCGCAACUGCCAUCCUCGCCAAGAAGAUUCCCAUGGUUGUCGCUGGUAGCUUCGGCAACAUCUUCAGCAGAAACUCCAUCAACAAUGCUUUGAUGGGUGUCGAGGUCCCUCGCUUGAUCCAACGUCUGCGCGAGACUUUCGAUACUCCCGCCGCAGCACAAGAUGGUACCAAGCCAGUCACCGAACCUAGCCAGAAUGAACAAUCUCUCGACUCGCCGCCGCCAGCACCUACCUCAGUACCCAGUCAAGAGAAGAAGCUGACAAGGAGAACGGGCUGGACCUUCACAUGGGACGUCAGACGCAGUCAAGUCAUUGUGCAGGAGGGACCCGACGGCAAGAGCUGGAACCAGAAAGUCGGGGAACUGCCGCCGAAUGUACAAGAUAUCAUUGCUAGAGGUGGUUUGGAGAAGUGGGUUGGCAAGGAGUUGGCUGCCGCUUCCAAGAUCUAG